AUGAAAAUAUUAGUGUUGUUAGCUGUAUGUACUAUUGUACUGGACCAUUUUCAAGAGAAUUACCCUAACACUCAUCGUUUAUCAAAAACACAAGCAAGAUCUGGUUUAUCGAAUAUUCUUACAACUGAUGUUUUAAUUAUUGGCGCAGGCUUAUCUGUUUUAGAAGCUGCUCGUCUUUUGCAGCAAAACAGCAUUGGAACUAUUGUUUUAGAAGGUCGCAAUCGUAUCGGUGGUCGAAUUUAG